AGUUUAUGAGCUCUCUUUCAACAUCACCGCGAGCCUCACCUCUCUAGGUUUUUGUUAACCUUUCUAUCUCGACCCGUUCAUGCGCUCAAUUUGAGCGCCCAACCAUUUACUUGAUCGUUAUCAGUGCGACCUCAAGUCUGCAGUGGUUUUGGACUUGUGGUGAGGUCGAUCGGCCGAAUUGGGCUGGUACCAAGUGAUCGAGUUUAAUUCUCGAUUUUGCGAGGGAAGCGAGGGCUUUUUUUUUUCUUUUUCUCCCGAGAGCCAUGCUACGUCGGCCAUAUUCGCCCGGGUCCGGGCUGCGCCUUUGCCAGGGCGGCUGCGGGUUGGUUUCCGGGCUCCAACGGAUACAGCCCGCGAAUCGGCCUUCGGCGGUGCUGCAACUCGGCCGACGCUCCGCCAAUGUGUCUCGGGCAGCCUUGAUCCGGUCGUCCACAGCCCGCUCUUUCGCAACCUCGCAGCCAUCCUUGAAGGCUAAGCGGGCGCAGGAACCCCAGACUCCAGAUGCCUCAAAACCCCGGUUUGGCAGGACAGCCACGGCAACCCACCAACUGCCCGGGGUAGAUCCGGCAGCAGCCGUUUCUACCGUGCGUCAUAUCCUUACGACUUUCCUCGGCCCCGGUGGCAUCCCGUCCGAAGAAUUUACCCUCGCGGCGCUGCGAUCGCUCGCACAGAUUGAGGUUAGGACGGUGCCAGAUGCCGGAGAACGGCGCUCCGAGGAUGCCGCCGCCGAAACCCGCAGACCAGCGUCGCAACUCCUGGGACUGGAUGACAUGGCACCGAAAGCCGGUGAGGUCGCACGGCCACAAAGGAGCUCCUCACAGCGGUCACAGGACGCGGUGGACCAGAUCUCGGAUGCGGCAUACACGAUUGUUACUCACAAAACAGUGGUCAUCACGCGGGCAAUCCUCGCCGAGUACGUCCAACUUGAAGCCCGCCUUGGCAGGUCCUCGAACUUGCCGCAGGUCCUCGAACUCUACGCGAGCAAGCCCAAGCCUAAGCUGGUCUCGAACACCAUCAAGUACGUGGAGCGCAACCCGAGCAAGGCCGAAAGCGCAGUCGACGCUGCUGUCGCCGAAAUGGCCUUGGAUGCCGCAAUCGAGACCAAAGACCUAGGAGCUGCCGUUGGCAUUUUGGAAAACACCUACGCAUCCAAGGCGUUUCUGCGGUCGAAACUCAUUAAGAAAGCACUCAUCCCCGGAUUGGCGGUCACUGGUACCCCGGUCGGCAUCUACUACGCCGCUACUCAGUUGGCACACCUGCAGCACGCUCUCGAACCCAAGAUCGCGACGGGAUUUGCCUUUGCCGGCGCCCUUUGUUAUGUGGGGUUCACCGCGACCAUCGGUGCGGUGGCCCACUUCACGGCGAACGACCAAAUGAAGCGGGUGACGUGGGCACUAGGCACCCCGCUGCGCCAUCGGUGGCUCUAUGAGGAGGAGCGGGCCGCCCUCGACAAGAUCGCCUGCUCGUUUGGCUUCUCGGAGGAGCACCGUUAUGGCGAAGAGGAGGGGGAGGAGUUCCUGUGGCUCCGAGAAUAUAUAUUGAGGAGGUCCAUGAUCCUCGAUGCGGUGGAUCUCAUGCCGGGCAUGAACUAGGGAACGGGCCAGUUGGGCGCUGUGACGGGGACAGAAUGACGGCAGCGGAUGACGGUGAUGAGAGGAAGGCGGUGCGUGUCGUGGGACACCAACGGCUUGGCACCUUGCACCCACAGGCCGUUGCGGAAACUCCGAUCGUCGCCUUUCCGACCUGGGCCACUCUUGGCUCAACAACUUCCUUACCGCCGCCGCGAGUGAUCGGCCGUGGCG